GGCGACGUUCUAGCGCUCUUUUUUUGGUUCCGGGGUAUUUGCUGUGUGCGUCAGGUCUCUGCUGAAAGUCACUUUGAGGGGGAAGUUGCCGGGCUGUGGUGACCGUUGCAGUCAGAGAAGAUAUGGCUGAAGAUAUCAGGACCAAGCUGGAGAACUACAAGACAGCUCCCUUUGAUAGCAGGUUCCCCAAUCAGAACCAAACACGGAACUGCUGGCAAAACUAUCUGGAUUUCCAUCGUUGUGAAAAAGCCAUGAAUGCCAAGGGACAAGAUCCUUAUGUUUGCCAGUGGUACAAAAGGGUGUACAAGUCCCUUUGCCCUAUUUCUUGGGUCAAUUCCUGGGAUGAACGUAUAGAAGCGGGGACUUUCCCAGGCAAGAUCUGAUUGUCUUGUGUCUGCCAUUUGCUCUCCUCUUCAGGACACUGUUUUGCUGCUGAGUCUCCUCCGUGUGAUGACUCUGAAGGAUCAACUGAAGUAUCUCUCUGGGUCUUUUCCACUUCAGCAUCUAACAUUAAUCAAUAGUACCCAGUCUUGGAUGUGACAAAUUCUAAUUAAAGGCAUAAAACCGUG